AGGGAUUAUCGUCGAAAAUAAUAAAUGAGUGACGUGAAGUCCCCCUACCUUACCUUUCAUCUUCCUGCGUGUGCCACGGCAUUUCAGCAUACCAUUCACCUCGAUGGAACCUGGGCCAAUCAUCAAAAAUGCAUCGAAAUGAAAGGCACGCAAAUAUUCAACCCUCAGAGUGCAGAGUCCAUAUACGUCAAAUUUGCUGAGGGCGGUGAGGGCAUUGUGAGCGUCGUCAUGUUCGACCUUCGGGACGAGCAUCUGGGGGGAGUUCGUCGGCAUGGUCACAACGAGAAAGAGGUCAUAUGCAGCCCUGAAAAUGUCCAACACGGGCUCUGUGAUAAGUCUGAGCUUGGUCAGUUUCUUAUAAGCCAGCGCGCUCACCGCCGCGCUUUGCGUCCCAUGAUCACUCGGGCUGUCAACCUAUCUAAGCCUAUAUCGAUACAAUAUCCUGUCGAAGGCCCAGGAUAUUACUGUACAGCCCUCUUUGGGUACUCGGCAAGGGAAUUCAUGGCAGAGAUGACAGCUGUCGCCCCAGGAUACAAUCUUCCCACGUUUCGCAGCGACACUAGACGCAUCUACGGCUCUCUUGCACCGAUCUGGCUUGUUAUUUAUUUCGUAUUGGCGGGUUUCUUCGUCGAGUCUACUGUCUUGAGGGAGAAUCCUUCCUUGACUUGGAUCGGGACCUCCUCUCUCAUCCAAGUUCUUAUUCGAUGGGCAGCUUUGGAGAUUGGAGGGACUGCAUCUCAACACCCAAUCAUUUACAUUGCUUGGUACACUUUUUCUGGCUGCCAGGAUGCUCUCGUUCUUCACCAUAUGCUCAGUUACGCUCAGAGACGAAGCGACAGUCAGCCGACCGCCCUAAGCAAAUGGGUUUCACGUUUUAUGGUCAUCGUUUUCGUAAUUCUCUUUGCUGGCGCAUCAUUGGCAGAUUUCCAAGCUACGUCAAGCAGCAAAACGCCAGCGUACGUGAACGUUUUCCUCGGAGGCUAUCUGGCUCUAUGUUUCUCCGUCUCGCUCUUCCGUAUGCUUCGACUACGGUCAUCAGCGGCCGAGAGCCUAUCACAGAGACAUGAAGCGGUCUGUCGGUCUUUGGUGGGUUUCACGGUGAUUUCCAUUGUAGUGACUGCUGGGCUUGGCACAUUGAACCUUUGGGCUCUUAUCCGUUCUCGGGCUGGCGAUGAAGCUCUCUUCGCUAGCAUGUUCUGGCCAUCACGCUUUUGGCUUAUUGAUAUGCCCUUCGAGCCAUUAUUCCUGGUACUCGUUUUGGCUUUGACUCUUACAGACUAUAGCAAAGCCAAAUCUACUAGCGCUACGGUAUAUACAAAGAGAGAGAUUGCCGGGCCAGAAUGGGGAUCCAUCCAUGAAUCUAUUGAUGAGGAUAGGCUUUCCGACGAGCAAACUGCAGGAUCAUCGGGGGAGGGCGAGAAAAGCUCGCACACGAAGGCGUAAUGAUUGAUAUCCGGACAAUGCACAAGAUAUUCUAGGUUUAGCGAACUUAAUGACCGAUCUAUCAUCAUUUCACGCUAUUAAUGACGGUAUUAUGCUAGUUGGCGAGAAAAUUCUAGUUGUAUCAACACCAUGCAGAUUAGCUUGAAUAAAUCUGAAUGUUAGGAUGUCGACAUUCCAUUGUCUGGCUUCCCAGUCAUACGAC